CCAAUGUUCGCUUCAAAGCAGCCCCAGAGGCUUCCCGUAACCAUUUGGUUCAAGCGCGCUGUUGACGAGAACUCCGUACACAUUCGCUUCAACUGUACAAUUUGCUACGGCUAUUGCAAAGCAUGUAUACACUUGGAUUGAUCUUCCACUUAACGCAUACUUGGGCCAUGGCAAUACAUCAAGGCGUUCUCACAGACUAUGCUGAUGAGUGGCUGGCUUUCGAGGACCAGAUGUGUGCGGGCGAAGUUUAUGUCGCUCGUACUUCUGGGGCUGCUGCGGCCAGCCCUGAUCUAUGUUACCAGCUGAUGCUCACUACAGUCGGAGACGCUUCCGUGAACCCUGACAUCGUGGUGCUGACGCGCGACCGCCCCACUGCUUGCUACGCCGUGAUGGCCGGAAACGACUGCACAUCGAGGCUCGCAGCUUCCGGCUUCGCCGUGUACUUGAAGAGGGCGUCCCGGACGCUCCCUGGGCCUCCCGCGCCCUUGCCGAGGUCGCUUGUGGUCGCCAAUUCAUCGCGAGCCCUUGGGGCAGGAGGGCAGGGAGAAGACCAGCUGCGAGCGUGUCCGGCAAACGGGGUCUGCAACAAGGCCAUUGCAGGGCCUUGCCGGACGUGCGUUCACACAAUCGACAGCUACUGCGCUUCCAAUAGCUGGGACACUUACUGCUACUCCGCGUGCUGCUCCUCCACGUCAUUCACCCUCGGUGCGAGUUGCGCUUCGUCUUGCUCUACACCGUAUACGCCGAACCCGACGCCGAACCCGACGCCGUACCCGACGCCGAACCCGACGCCGAACCCCACGCCGAACCCGACGCCGAACCCCACGGCGAACCCGACGGCGUACCCGACGCCGAACCCGACGCCGAACCCGACGCCGAAUCCGACGCCGAACCCAACGCCGAACCCCACGGCGAACCCGACGGCGUUCCCCACGCCGAAACCGACGCCGAAUCCGACGCCGAACCCAACGCCGAACCCAACGCCGAACCCAACGCCGAACCCAACGCCCCACGCCGAACCCGACGCCGAAUCCAACGCCGUACCCAACGCCGUACCCGACGCCCUACCCGACGCCGUACCCGACGCCGUACCCGACGGCCUUCCCGACGCCCUUCCCCACGGCCUUCCCGACAGCUUACCCGACGCCUUACCCGACGCCUUACCCGACGCCCUACCCGACGCCCUACCCGACGGCGUUCCCGACGGCCUUCCCGACGGCGUUCCCGACGGCCUUCCCGACGGCGUUCCCGACGGCCUUCCCCACAGCUUUUCCGACGGCCUUCCCCACAGCUUUCCCGACGCCCUACCCGACGGCUUUCCCGACGCCCUUCCCGACGCCCAGCCCGACGCCCAGCCCAACGUAUCCUUUGGGUUGGCCGACGCCACAUCCAACGUUUCCUCCCGCAGCUCCUAUGGCGGGUGGAGCCGCCGGAGGCGUGGCUGCCACUGGCGAUCCCCACCUUCAAAAUGUCCACGGCGAGCGGUUCGAUUUAAUGAAGGCAGGUGCACAUGUUUUGAUAAACAUCCCUCGUGGAGUGAGCGCUGCAGACGCAUUGCUUCGUGUGCAGGCCGAUGCGCGCCGACUGGGUGGAACUUGCUCGGAUAUGUACUUCGACGAAGUGAACGUUACAGGCUCUUGGGCGGAGGCUAAGCAAGUUGGAGGGUAUCACUACAGCGUCCGGCAAAUCGUCGCAAAUAUUCCUCAAUGGGUUAUUAUUGGCAAUGUUGAGUUGAAAGUCGUCCAUGGACGCACGGAGAGAGGCAUCCAGUACUUGAAUGUGUAUGUGAAGCAUCUGGGGCGAUCAGGGUUUGCUGUCGGAGGCUUGCUGGGGGAAGACGACCAUCAAGACGCGAUGACUCCCCAAGCGUCGUGUACCAGACACACGGCCCUGGCGGACGUGGUGGCGAGUGGCCAGGCUCCUUCCUCCGAGUUGUCAGUUGCAACGGCAACCUUCGCGUGAACAUGGGGGAUAUUUUCGAACGUGAGUGUGUGACAAGUGUGCCCCUUCGGGCGACGCGUGAUUCAGUUUGCGCCUUUCUUGUGGAGUUCUUGUUUCACGGUGAUCCGAAGCAAA